UCCAGCCAAUACGAGAGAGGGGAAGCACAGCGGACGUGACGUCACAGGACGGAACGGGACCAUGGCAGCCAGUGUCGGCGUUAAACACGGGUUAGUUAGCAGGAGAAGCUCCGUGUACCGGGACAUUUUCACGAACACGUCACAAGCGGCGGGUCAACAGAGCAGCGCGAGGACGGCGAGCAGCAGCGCGAGGAGCCAGGACCCGCUGCACAACGAGAACUUCUGUCUGGAGCUGGUCAGGUCCAGAGACUAUGACGGCUUUGUGUCCUCCCUCCUCCUGCCGGAAGAGGCGCGGCGCUCCUCGCUGGCUCUGAGAGCCUUUAAUGUGGAGGUGGCACAGGUGAAGGACUCGGUUUCCCAGAAGACCAUUGGUCUGAUGAGGAUGCAGUUCUGGAAGACGGCCAUCGCAGACAUCUACAGAGACGAGCCUCCGAAGCAGCCGGUCACCACCGAGCUGUGGAGGGCAGUGAGGAAGCACGACCUGACGAAGCAGUGGCUGCUGAGGAUCAUCACAGAGAGAGAGAGAGAUCUGGACGACAGAGCCUACAAGAACCUUCAGGAUCUGGAGACGUACUCAGAGAACACACAGUCGUCCUUACUUUACCUGCAGCUGGAGUGUUUAGGGGUAAAGAAUGUCCACGCCGACCACGCGGCGAGUCACAUCGGUAAAGCUCAGGGAAUCGCGACGUGUCUGAGAGCAACUCCUUAUCACAGCAGCCGGCGAAAGGUCUACCUGCCCAUGGACGUCUGCAUACUGCACGGAGCAUCUCAGGAAAGCUUCAUCCGCCGCAGCCGGGAGCAGAAUGUUCGGGAUGUUGUUUAUGACAUCGCCAGCCAAGCUCACGUCCAUUUACAGCACGCUCGGUCGUUCAGUCUCAGAGUUCCAGCAGCAGCGACUCCAGCUUUCCUUCAAACAGUGGUGUUGGAGGAUUACCUGCAGAGAGUGCGGAGGGUGGAUUUCGAUGUUUUCCAUCCCAGUCUUCAGAACAGAAACCCUCUGCUGCCCGUGCAGCUGUACCUGCGCUCCUGGAAGACGACCUACUGAUGAGAAGCUUCUCCUCCAGAUAAUCUUAAUCUUUCAUCUGUGACACAGACAAAAAGACAAAGUCACAUGAAGUCAUUUAUUUCAUCAGGAACUGUACUGUGAGCGCCCCCUGCCUGUGUCUCACAGACUCCCACACGUUCCAGUUUGUUCAUAUGAAAAAUUAAACGGGUUCAGACCAUG